AUGGCAUCACCUAUCGACUUCCAUGCGGACCUCCGCGUCACCAGCACGACGCCACCGCGUACAGAGGCCUACAUCCCCGCCUCGACAAUCCAAGUGCACGCAUCCAACCUCCUCCUCCUCCCGUCAGGUGAGCUGCUCUGCGCUUGGUUCGGCGGCUCCAUGGAGGGCAUCUCAGACAUAUACAUCUGGCUCUCCCGCCUCGCACCCGGCGCCAACGAGUGGACCACUCCUAUGCAGGUUUCCGAAGACCCGGCCCGCAGCGAGCAAAACCCGGUGCUCUUCCUCGACGAGAGGUCCGGCAACCUCUGGUGCAUCUACACGGCCCAGGAGCACGGCGCCCAGAACAAGUGUCUCGUGAGGCGGCGCGUAUCCACCGACCUCGGCAAGACCUGGGGCGAGCCCGCCGAGCUGUUCCCAGACCGGGGCAUCUUUGUCCGCCAGCCCAUCAUCGUCCUCAACGAUAAGAAUGGACCCGGCAAGGACGUUUGGGUCUUGCCCGUCUUCCACUGCCGCGCCGAGGAGGGUGUUGAGUGGGUUGGCAACGACGAUGUGUCGGCCGUGAGGUACUCUGAAGACUCGGGCAAGACGUGGAAAGAGAGUAUGGUACCGGAGUCUCGUGGCGCCGUCCACAUGAACAUCCGCCCAGACCCGUCGAGUCCUGGCAAGUACGUCGGCGUGUACCGCAGUCGUUGGGCCGACAACAUCUAUCUGUCGCGGUCUGACGACUGCAUCAACUGGACCAAGCCUGAACCCACGGAGCUACCCAACCCCAACUCGGGCAUCUGUCUGGGCGUGCUGCCCAAAUCUGGAAAGCUGGCGCUGGUCUACAACGACUCGCGCGCCACGCCAGACAUGGUGCAACGCACUGGACUGUACGAUGACAUUGAGACGGACGGGCCAAAGCUCAAGAAGCAAGCUGUCAUCGGUGACAAGGCCGCCAUCUGGGGCACACCCAGGAGCAAGAUGACGCUGGCACUGUCAAGCGACGGGGGGCGCACUUGGCCCGAGAAGCGGUUGCUGGAGGAGGGUGAUGGCUUCUGCCUCACAAACAACUCAAAAGACAAGAUAAAUAGGGAGUUGAGCUAUCCCAGUAUCACGGUGGCAGACGAUGAGACUAUGCACAUUGCCUUUACAUUCUGGAGGCAACGGAUCAAGUAUGUCAAGGUUAAAGCGGACUGGGUCAAAGGUUAG